UCCCUCAGAUUUUCAAAACUUUUGGUUUUAACAAUCUCCUUCAACUGCUUACCCUCUGCUACCUCCACAGUGGUACUGCUACCCGCUGCCGCCGCUUGCCUGCACCUGCGCCCUGCUUCCUGUUCUUCUGUUAGGCGCUAGGGGAAAAAUUCAGGAGAAUAAACUUUUUGUCUCACACGCUAGCAUCUUCUUCCUUGCAACGUACAAACAGCGUCCAUAUAAACAAGGAUCAACUACGAAGCAAUCUUCUUCUCUGCCAACAUGCUCCACAACAAGUCCUUUGUCAAGAAAACCAGGGCAGGCAAAGUCAUGAAGCAAGUGCGGGAGCACUACCUGCGCGACGACAUAUACUGCGGGGCACCGUUUUGCACCGUUUGCGAUACUUCGGGUGCUCGCCUCAACGCUUCCCCUUCCACCACCAUUCUCGUCGUGGAUACCAAUGUCGUGCUCAAUCAGAUUGAUUUGCUGGAGAAUCAAGCAUUGGAUAACAUUGUGGUGUUGUCCAUUGUGUUGGAAGAGGUUAAAAACAAGAAUAUGGCUGUUUACAACCGUUUAAGAGCUCUCUGUAGCAAUGCCACGAAGAAGUUCUAUGUUUUUUCCAAUGAGUACCACAGGGAUACAUAUGUUAAGGAAAUGAGUGGGGAAACUAAAAAUGAUAGGAAUGAUAGAGCUAUCCGAGUGGCUACUCAGUGGUAUCAGAACCAUCUUGGUGGUGGAGUAAAGGUUUUGCUUAUAACUAAUGAUAGAGAGAACAAAAGGAAGGCCAGUGAAGAGGGCAUUUUUGCUGAAACAGUUGAGUCAUACGUCAAGUCUUUAGACCAACCUGAUCUACUUGAUCUGCUUGUGCGGCCUGCAUCAGAAGAUGUGAACAUGGAAGAGGUUGAAGAUCAUAGACCAUCCAAGAGGAAAGUGAUCUAUUCAGAGCAUAAGCCAAUGUCAGAAAUCACUUCUGGUUUGCAUCGUGGAAUAUAUCAUCAAGGGAAGCUUCGUGUAAACCGUUACAAUCCAUUUGAAGCAUAUGUUGGGAGGGAGAGCAUUGGUGAUGAAAUAGUUAUUUAUGGGCGCUCAAACAUGAACCGAGCUUUUGAUGGAGAUAUUGUGGCAGCUGAACUUCUGCCACAGGACCAGUGGCAAGAAGUCUCAUCUCUAUCUAUAGCCGGUGAAGAAGAUGAGAAUGAGGACGAAGAUGUUCAUCUAGCUCCUAAUAGUGCUGAUGUUGCACCUAGGACUAUUCCUCCGCAGGGUUCUUCUGGACAAGUAAAUGCUGUACCGAGUCGUCCUUCUGGUCGCAUUGUUGGUAUUAUAAAGAGGAAUUGGCAUUCGUAUUGUGGAUCUUUAGAGCCAAUGCCUUUGCCUGCAGGCAGUGGUGGAAUUGCCCAUGCCUUGUUUGUCUCCAAAGAUCGCAGAAUUCCCAAGAUUCGAAUUCAAACACGCCAACUUGAGAACCUUUUGGAUAAGAGGAUUAUUGUUGCAGUUGAUUCUUGGGAUCGUCAAUCUAGAUAUCCAUCAGGCCAUUAUGUGCGAACUAUAGGGGACAUAGGUGAUAGGGAUACUGAAAGUGAGGUGGUUUUGAUAGAAAAUGAUAUAAAUACUCGACCAUUCUCUUCGCAAGUGCUGGCAUGCUUGCCACCAUUACCGUGGUUGGUCUCUUCUGAAGAUUUGUCCAAUCCUAUCAGGCAGGACUUGCGUCAUCUGCUUGUGUUCAGUGUCGAUCCUCCAGGCUGCAAGGAUAUUGAUGAUGCACUCCAUUGUCACGCUCUUCCAAAUGGAAACUUUGAAGUUGGAGUUCAUAUUGCUGAUGUUACUAAUUUUGUUCAUCCUGGUACUCCACUUGAUGAUGAGGCUUCCCAGAGGGGUACAUCUGUCUACCUUGUGGAGCGGCGAAUAGACAUGCUUCCCAAACCUCUUACGGAGGACAUAUGUUCUCUUCGUUCCGAUGUGGAAAGGCUCGCAUUCUCUGUCAUUUGGGAAAUGACACCUGAAGCAGACGUAAUUUCCACCAGAUAUACAAAAAGUGUCAUAAAAUCUUCUGCAGCAUUGUCUUAUGUUGAAGCACAAGCAAGGAUGGAUGAUAGUCGACUGAAGGAUCCCAUCACUACAGGUUUGAGGAAUAUGAAUAGUUUAGCUAAGAAAAUGAGAUUGAGGCGCAUUGAGAGAGGAGCUUUGACUCUUGCAUCUGCUGAAGUCAAAUUUCAAAUUGACACAGAGACUCAUGACCCUCUUGAUAUUGGAAUGUACCAGAUCCGGGAGGCCAACCAAAUGGUGGAGGAAUUUAUGCUUGCUGCUAAUGUUUCCGUUGCACAACAAAUUCUUAAAAGUUUUUCGUUAUGCUCAUUAUUAAGGCGUCAUCCAACACCAACCAGAGAGAUGCUUGAACCCUUAUUACAGACCGCUGCUGCAGUUGGCUUGCACUUGGAUGUUUCGUCAUCAAAAGCAUUGGCCGAUUCUCUUGACCAUGCUGUGGGUGAUGAUCCAUACUUCAAUAAGUUAAUCCGUAUACUGGCAACUAGGUGCAUGAGUCAGGCGGUUUAUUUCUGCAGUGGGGAUCUUAGCCCUCCAGAAUAUCAUCAUUAUGGGCUUGCAGCUCCUUUAUAUACCCAUUUCACAUCACCUAUUAGAAGAUAUGCAGAUGUCAUUGUGCACAGGCUACUUGCUGCUUCUCUUGGAAUAUCAAAGUUACCGUCUGUAUUUCAAGACAGACUCCAGCUCAGUAGUAUUGCUGACAAUUUAAAUUAUCGGCACAGGAAUGCCCAGUAUGCAGGGCGAGCAUCUGUAGAAUUGCAUACUCUAAUUUAUUUCAGGAAUAGGCCUACAGACACGGAGGCUAGAAUAGUGAAAAUAAGAUCUAAUGGCUUUUUUGUGUUUGUUCCCAAAUAUGGCAUAGAAGGACCUAUAUAUUUGACAAAAGCCGGAAAGGGAAAUGGAGAAUGGUAUGUAGAUGAGCAACAGCAGAAAAUAAAAAAGAUGGAUGGUAGCCUUUCAUACAGCGUUUUGCAGACAGUCCAAAUUCACAUGGAGGUUGUGGAGCCUCAACCUAACCGUCCCAAACUUCAGCUUACUCUCAUCUAGAGGAUAAACAAGUGGUGUAUGUAAAGAAACUGCUGUAUAAUUCUUAUAUUGGAAGUAUGAACACAGAUCACGUACGGAGACAGCACUCAAAUUUCUAAUGAUUUGAUUGUUUAGAGGAGAAAGUGGAAAUACUGGGGAUGAAAGAGUGAAAAUCAUGUAAUAGUUUUACAUACUAUUUUUUUACCUUUUUAUUAAUAUUUUUCUACUUUUUUUUUCUUAAACCAAACGUCUUUAUGUUUUACUAAGUCUGUAUUAUAUUUCUGAUUUUUAUUUCUUAUUCACCAUUGUUUAUUCUCACUAAACAGACCUAGACAUCAACAUUUGUCAUGCUAUUCCUUUUCCUUCCUGUUAAUUUUGUUUUGUUAAUAUUGUGAUCAACAUAAAAA